AUGAAAGCUAAAAUGUUUUAUCUUUUUAACUCCAAAUUACUUCAAAACUCAAGUAGUUAUCAAACAUUAAGCUUAAAACGUUUUAUAAAUUCUGAUCUAAAACCAAAUAUAAAAGAAACUGCAAAUUUAUUACUUACAAAUGAUGUUCCACCACUUGUUGACUUAUAUGGACGUAAACAUGACUAUUUACGAAUCUCCCUAACCGAAAAAUGCAAUUUAAGAUGUCAAUACUGCAUGCCGGCCGAAGGUGUUAAGCUUAGUCCCCGUGACAAAAUAUUGUCUAAUGAAGAAGUUUUAAGAUUGGCACGAGUGUUUGCCGCACUUGGUAUAAAUAAAAUACGGCUAACUGGUGGCGAGCCUACAUUGAGAAAAGACCUUGUGAAUAUUGUUCAGGAAUUGACCAACAUCCAUGGGAUAUCGACAGUGGCAAUGACAACUAAUGGUAUAGCCCUAACCAGGAAAUUACCUUCGUUACAACGUGCCGGUCUUUCAGCUUUAAAUUUGUCUUUGGAUUCACUGAAACCAGAACGUUUUGAGCGCAUGGCACGAAGACCGGGCUUACCUCAUGUGCUGGCCAGCAUGGAUUUGGCGCUGCAGCUUGGCUUCAAAUCUGUUAAAAUUAAUACUGUACUUAUGAAAGGUUUUAAUGAUGACGAAAUUUGCGAUUUCAUUGAACUAACUCGCGACCGUGAUAUAGAUAUAAGGUUUAUAGAGUUCAUGCCUUUCUCUGGGAAUCGUUGGGAGAAAGGGGAACGUAUGGUUAGUGAGAAGGAUGCUAUCUCUGCUGCAAUCGAGAGAUACGGUGAUUUGACACCGCUUCCUCCUACACCGUGUCGCACAGCUACGCUGUGGCAAGUGCCAGGUUACACUGGUCGGGUCGGUUUCAUAUCGUCCAUGACGAAGCCGUUCUGUUCAACUUGCAAUCGUCUUCGACUCACAGCUGAUGGUAAUUUGAAGGUGUGUCUGUUUGGGGAAUCGGAGACCAAUCUCCGUGAUGCCAUACGAGCUGGUGUCAACGAUGAUGAUAUUGAGACCUUGGUCCGAAGCGCUCUAAGAAGGAAGUUACCACGACAUGCUGCGGAGCCGCGGCGACUGCAGGCGCGGGCGUUCUGCACCAGUGCCAGCCAUCAAACCCCUCCUCCCCCCUCCCGCCGCCGUCUGCCUCAGGAGACUGAAGAGGACGGAGUCAUGACGCACCUGGACAAGUCGGGACGAGCUCGUAUGGUCGAUGUAGGUGAAAAGCCGGUGACUGUUCGAACUGCUGAAGCGGAAUGCUAUCUUGUAGUAGGAGCACGCCUGCUACGUCUAUUGCGCUCGUCCGGCGUACCGAAAGGGGACGCGCUGACAGUCGCUCAGGUAGCCGGUACAAUGGCGGCUAAGCGUACAUCAGAUUUAAUUCCCAUGUGCCAUCCACUAGCUUUGACCUUGGCUCGUGUGAGAGUGAUGUUACCAAAGGAGAGUGAGCGCGGGGGAGGGGGCCGUGUACGAGUGACGUGCCAGGCGCGUGCUACAGCGAAAACUGGUGUGGAAAUGGAAGCGCUGACUGGAUGUUCCAUAGCGGCGCUGACUUUGUAUGACAUGUGCAAAUCCGUGGACAAAAACAUGCAGAUUACUGACCUUAAGGUGAUAUCGAAGACUGGUGGCAAAAGUUCCUGGGGUGAUGUAGAACAGAAGGAAGAAGAGGAUGUUGGACCUAAAGUACGCGAACAUGAUACGUCGCCGCAUGCACCCGGAGAGACAUACGUCCCUACUAAUUUGUUAUACUUUUAG